AUGGCAAUUAAAUUGACGGAGCAUUCAAAGAGCACAGACACGGUGAAGAGGGGUGCUUCGCCGGCGAUGAGUUUGUCUUCUGUGGCAUCUGCCUCGACGGUUCGCCUGCGGGAGUCUGGCAGUUCGCAUUCAGUGAAGCAACCGAUGGAUGGCAAUGGCAGACCGCAAAAGAAUGGCACCACUGACAUCAAUCCAUCCACCGCAGAGCUGACGCGCAGUGGUUUCCACUCCACCGAAUCAUCACUCACUAAUUACUUGUCCAAAAUGUCGUCGGCGUCAUCGUACAUGGGCCAACAAUUCAGGUCCAACUUGGCCACAUCAUCAGCAGACUCGAGCUUCCUGCUGCGCAAUCAGAUCAUGUCCUCACUGGGCAACUACCAGUUCCCCUCCACCAGCUUGAGCAGUCGCCUCACGGACACCACAUCGUCCGUGAGUGCCCUGGCCUCGGAGUAUCUCCGGAAGACACAGCUGGACAGCUCCAUCGGCCCCACCAGCCGCGCCGUGUCUUCAGUGACGGGCUCGCCGCUGUCCAUGGCGAAGAGCACCUUCCAAUCCACGGAUGCAUCGAUCUCAGGACUGAUCUACGCCACCAGCACGAACGGUGACACGUCGACAUCCCUCACGGAUUCAGUCGCGAGCAGUUCAGGGGCAAUGCUGUACGGCACCCUGCCCAAGACUGGCAGCCCGUACUCCACCAGGGCCACCGCCAACGGUGGCACCACGUCGCCGUACAGCAGCGCCACGAAUAGCAUUGACCUGUUCGGCGCCAGUAGUGGAAAUGGCUUCACGUACGGCACAUAUCGGGUCCAGUACUCCUCGACGAAUCCCUUCCUGCCCACCUACAAUCCCGCCCAGUGCGAGACAUCGCACUCCGCCAUCCCAACGAUCACCAUCUCGUCGAAAGACGCCGCCGGAGCCAUUUCCACCACGGCGUCCGCGAAGAUUGACACUGAAUAA